AAAAAGCACAAUUAAAAGCUAAAGUUAAACAUCAUAUCAUAGAGUGGAUUGAAUAUGAUAAAUUUGAAGAUGUUGAAUAUUUAGCAAAAGGGGGAUUUGGAACUACUUUUAAAGCAGUUUGGAAAGAUGGUCCUAUAUGGAAUUAUUACAAUAAUCAAUGGGACCGGGAUGACAAAACAAAAGUCGCUUUAAAGUGCUUACAUAAUUCACAAAAUAUUAAAGCAGAUUUUUUAAAAGAAGUUGAAUCAAGCAUUUUAUUAUAUAAUACAAGUUUCAUAGUUCGUUGUUUUGGCAUUACCAAAGAUCCAAAAACAAAUAAUUUUAUGAUGGUAAUGGAAUUAAAAAAAGGUAGUUUAAGACAACAUUUAAAUAACAACUUCACUUCACUGAAUUGGUUUCAAAAGUUGGAUAGUUUACAUACUAUUGCAACUAAUCUUCAGUAUAUUCAUAAUAAAGGAUUAAUUCAUCAGAAUUUUCAUUGUGGGAAUAUAUUAAGCAAUUUUAAUAAUAAUGCUUAUAUUACUGAUUUGGGAUUAUGUCAACCAGCAAAUGUCAAAUCCCCUAAAAAUAGUAAUAAAAAAAUAUAUGGAGUAUUACCUUAUGUAGCUCCAGAAGUUUUAAGAGGAAAAGAAUAUACUCAAAAAAGUGAUAUUUAUGAAUAUGGAAUAAUAGCAUAUGAAAUUUGUACAGGUUUCCCUCCUUAUUAUGAUAUAGCUCAUGAUGAAUCCCUAGCAAUGAAAAUUUGUAAUGGUUUGAGGCCAAAGUCUAAUUAUAGAAUUCCUCAAUUAAUUUUUGACAUUAUUAAUCGAUGUUGGGAUGCUGACCCUUUAAAACGACCUAAUGCAAGUGAAUUACGAUACUUAAUUUAUGAUUUAUGGAUUGAUGAUGAUAAAGCGAAUUCUGUAAUUUAUAAACAAGCUAAAGAAGCAGAUGAAAUUAAUAAAAAGUUACCUUUAGAUAAAAGUAAUUAAGCUCAGAUUACGUAAAAUCAAAAGUCCAUAAUUUGAAACCCGGCCCAGUCCGAUCUAGAUUUCAGCCAGAAUUUCUUAUUAUCUACGAUAUAAUUAUGGUAACCUCUAUAAAAAAAAAAAUUAUUUGUUAAAAAAA